AUGGGAGGAGUCAAGAAGUUUCUCGAUGCUUGCCAAUCAGGCGUCGCUUGUUGUACGACACCUUGGGACUAUCCGACCGCCUUGCUGUGCGAGAAAGCGGGUAUGGACCUAGUCUUGGUGGGCGACAGCCUCGCAAUCGUGGCACUGGGCCACGACGCGACGAACUAUGCGACGCUGGACGAGAUGAUCUAUCAUUGCAAGGCUGUGGCACGGGGCGCAAAGUCCCCCUUGUUGCUGGGCGAUAUGCCCAUGGGCUCAUAUGAGAUCUCGGAUGAACAAGAUUGGUCAAAGAAGGCCGGUGCGAUGCCAUCAAGUUGGAAGGCGUCGCGAGUCAAGGCGAUCGUGAAAGCGGGUGUGCAUGUCAUCGGACACAUUGGCCUGACCCCCCAGACGAACACCUCGGGCGCGAGUGCCUAUGGGAUCACAGCAGAGGAGAGUGAGAAUACCCUGAGAGAUGCAUUGGCUCUACAAGACGCUGGAACCUUUGCGGUGGUGGUGGAAGCGGUGGCAGGACUGGGGGCCGAGUGGAUCACGUCGAACCUGAAGAUUCCGACGAUUGGGAUUGGGUAA